AUGUCGCUGGCUCUGCAAGGCGCCCUCCUCGUGCGGUUGAUCAUGGGUGCAAUCUUCGUGGCAGUUCAACGACCCCAGUUCGCCCCGGUGUGCGUCGCCAGCAACAUGAUUCUGCCCGUCGGCGUCAUUGUUUUGGCGGCUGACAUGGGCAUGUUUGGUGUCCUCGCGACCAAGGCUCUCCUGGCGAGGAGGGACAACUCUGGCCCGGCGCGUUCCAACACGUUGAUCUUUUUCACCGCCGCGUUUGGCAUCUGGACGGGAUUGAGCAUUCCUCUUUUUCUGGGGCUCGAGUCCACUGGCUAUGCUUUCCGAACAAUAUUGCCUGCCGUCGGUCUGCUGAUCCUUAUAGGAAUUGUGGCCCUCUCUACGACGGGGCUGGUCUCGCUGCCUACGACGUCCAUCUUACACUUCCACAAGGGCGGAUCGUUUGAGUCGGCAAAUGUCGAGAUGGAGACACGCAAUAUUCCGGAUCCUGCCCCUUCGCAGGGUGUAACGUCAAACGCGCCCCCCGUCCUGCCUCUCAUCCGACAGCCUUCCUCCGGCAGAGGUAUUGGUGGGCUUCCUAUCGAGGGCGAGUUGUUCCCCCCUAUGCGACCCCAGGAGGUGACUUUCAAGCCGCAUUCCAAGAAGCAAAUGACGGAGAAGGCGUUUAAUGGAGGUAAGAUUGUCAUUUCGAAACCGGUCAUAACGGCAACCACGGACACGAACGCCUUCGACCACAUUCAAACCAUCGACCUGGCUGCCGCGGCGGUGAAAGAGCGAGAGCGCCGCGAGAAGAUUUACCCCUUGGUGAGCUUUGACGCGAUGCUCAAUGAACCUCUGUUCCCGAAAACGAGGGAUCUCACGGCCAACUGGCAGACCUCGAACGGCAAAUCUUGGUAUGUCGACCAGAGCAACAGCCCGCCAGCCCAAGAGCGUUCGUUUGCCACCACCUCCGCCGUGCAGCUCUCCCCCGGCAUGGAUGAAACACGCAGACGGUCUCCACGACAUCCCACCCAAGCUGGUGCUCCCUCCACAGUGGAAAACGAGACCCGAACACCAAGGACAGUGCCAUCGCCGAGCUCGACCAAGACGCUGCUUUCGAAUGACAACUCCCAGGAGCCAAAGUCGGCGACUGCACUUCCGCCAUUCACGACAGUGUCAGCAAUGUCGGCGUUCUCGUCUCUUACAGCGCUUCCAGCAGUCCCAGCAGUCCCCUCUUCCAUUGACCAGUUCUUGGUGGAUCCUAGAACCGCGUCUCUCCCUCGAAGCAAAUCCGUCAAGAACGACAUUCGGCCAUCUCGGCGCCGACCCCAGUCGCCUGUCGAGACGGGGGAAGUAAAGGACACGAAGACGCCUGUCCAGCGAAGGGCGACUGUAGGGCUGCCGUUUAAUCCAAGAUCACGGGCGACCAGGAUGUUCACCGGGCAGCGAGGAGCUGGCAAUGACCAGCCGAUCAUGUUCUUCAAUCCCGAGGAGAGUAGUGCCCCUGUGUAUGCCGUGCCCGAACCCGACGACAACAGCGAUGCCCUGUCCCGGAAAUCUGUCAUUCAUCGGCCGAGGCCUAUUCCUCGCAAGUCCAUUGCUUCUUUGGCUGACUCCUUCACCUCUGAUACUGAUUCUAUGGCUUCGACGGCCGAACUCCUGGCGACAGUUGCAAGCCCCAUCGACGACCGUUUCACCAUCGUGUCCACGCCCAAACUCCCCAUGGUCUCCCCUGUGAGCGUCAAAACCCUCUCGCAGAGUUCUUUGGGCACGGUGGCGAUUUCACCCGGGUCAUCCGCUCUACACAAGACUGUCCGAAGAACAUCCUAUGUUCCCGAACUGCCGGCUCUUCCUACAGAGUUCAAGGGUCAACAGCCCAAGAUUGCAGGUGAUGUUGCUCCUGAGGGAACCGCUACAAGCAUUUGGACAGUCGCUCCGAAUGAGCACGCUCCCUUCUCCUUGACAAACAAUGAUGAGCCGCAGUCGGCUUACCAUAACAAGCGGUUUUCUGUCAACACCCAGUCAUCGUACGAGGGAACCAUUGGCCGGAAUUCGGUUGUAUUUGCUUCAGAUAGCAAGACGACCGCAGCGACGGCCAAUCUCCUCGGCGAGCGCCGCUCACGACACGAAAGCGCCGACUCCGAACUCUCCAUGAUGCUGAGAGCAGCACCGCUUCCGCCUGCAGCCGACGAGGGCAACAUCCCCGAAGUUCCCGCUGUGCCAGAUAUGUUCAAGGAUGGACGGAUAACGCCCUUGUCGGAGGAGGAAGAGGAUGCUCAACAGGCAGCCAAAGAGUUGGCAUCGUGGCACCGACGCAUUGGUGAAGAGCUUCCUGGGUUCUCCUCGCAGCUGAACGAUAGGAGACAGCGGAAGCUCCCGGUGCCGAAGCCCCUGGCCCUGAACAAACCAGCCAAUAUUACCGUGGUGGUCGAAGCUGAGCCAUCACCCGAAGAGCCUGAGCAGGAGGCUCUCGAUAGGAUCCACGAGCAGCUCAAGAAGUUGGAGGACACAGACGCGCGUGCAACCAUUAGUGAGCAGCAGCGACUGGAUCUCUUGGCCAACUUGGAGUCCGAGAUGGGCGCUCAAGAGUCCCAGUGGCAGAUGCUCAAGGUUGACCUUGCCGCAACCCCGUUGACUGUCAUCUCCACGCCAGGCGGCGUCCCUUCGGUGCGCAGCAGCGUCGAUGUUAAUGGACUUGCCAGGACCAGGCUCAGUGCAGGUGCCGGCGAUUUGCUCCUGGCCCUCCAGGAGGAAGCCAACCGCCGCCUGUCGACUACUUCGGAGCAAACCCCCAAGGAUGAGGUCAACCGCCGGUCAGGAAGGAUGAGCCUCAUCUCCGUGAGCUCUCGAGCCCUCUCGCAGAUCGGCAGCCCUACUCCGCCAGACACUGAUGAGUCGGGCGCGGAUGACAGCGACAAUGACAGCAUGGCGGAAGAUGCCAAGUCGGCCAAGGAGACACCUGAGUCGAGUACGGUCACCGGCUUUAUGGCUCUUGACGAGAUACUGAGCAGCUCAGUCGAAACCAAGAACCAGCCAGCCUCUCCGGUCGACUUUGAAGAAAUCUCCCUGCCCACUCCCAAGGCCACGGCCCCCUUGAUGCCGGCGCCUUCAGAAGAGGAGCCCAAGGCUGCGGUUGCCAACGCUUCUGAGCCCGAAAACAUUCGAUUCAGCCUCGCAGACUUGCAGCAGCCCGUGCCCGCACCACCACCGUCGCGACCGCGAUCAAUUACCCGACGACCUCCUCGCAUGAGCAAGCGCAUCAGUGCUCUCCCAGAUAUCGUCGAGAACCCCGAGCCGCUUGCCGGCCGGACAGGCUCUCUCGGUAUCUUCCAGUUCGCCUGGGGCGAGAAAUCUGACUCGGCCACAAUGCCGAUCCGCAUGUCUGGCCUUGGCGGCACCAUGUCCAGCGGUCGUGGUUGGAUGAUGAACGCUCCACCGUUGCCUAUGCUUCCAUCUCAAGCGCUCGCCACCCACAGCUUCUUCGAAGACGACGAAACUGAUAAUGGCCUGGACGGUUACGAGGACGAAGACUACGACGAUGGCUUUGACGACUCAACCCUCUGGGAGAUUGCCGACUUGCUGGAGGCCGAUCUGGAGGGCUCUCGCGACGAUCUCUUCGUGGUAGGCCACGAGGACGUGGAGGAGGUUCCCGAAGUUGCCCCUGCUGCUCCGGCUCCUGUGAAGGAGAUUGCCGAGGUUGUGGAGGAGCAAGCACAGCUGCCGGCUCCCGCUCUCUGGACGGCCGUGAAGGCUUCUCAGGCGAGCAAGUCCUGGGGCCUGCCACAGCCUACUGGGGAAGCUCUGGAGGUUUUCUUCGCCGAAGCUUCCAGGCCGACUGCGCGCGCCGUUCCUCGGAUGAAGGAGGAGGUAGCUUCGCUGACGAGCAGCUCCUUGUGGGAGGCAUCAACUGCUCCUGUCGCGAGUGGGAUGUGGUGUGAGCACAAGGGUCCUCGUGAACCAGAGGAGAUAAAGACUGUCACAGCCUCUUCGACAGUGUCCUCGCUAUGGUCGCCGGUCUCUGUCCCCCGUAGCACGUUGGGAUUGCCGCAGCCCGAUGUCCUGACGUGGAACACUUACAUCGCGCUGCCGACCCGUUCUGUCCAGCGUAAGGCUACUGUGCAGAAGGCUGCUGAGAUCAAGAGCACCUCGCUAUGGCAACCUUCACCGGCCGUUGUAUCUCCGUCAGGAGGCGUAUGGGCACCCAAGACGCUGUCCGUCAACCAAUACUACCAGCCGCUCCCCGUCUCCUCCAAGGUGGUCAAGGAUCUGAUGUGGUCUUCCACUCCCGCAAAAGCAGUUUCUUUUGGCUUGCCACAGCCCGAUGCCCAGACCUGGACCACUUACAUCGCCCUGCCCACCCGCUCCAUCCAACGCAAGGCCAGUGUGCAGAAGAGUGACGAGAUUAAGAGCACCUCGCUAUGGCAACCUUCAGCAACUGCUGUCUCUCCGUCAGGAGGCGUGUGGGCGCCCAAGGCCCUGUCCGUCAAGCCGUCCCCUCGACCCCUCCCCAUCUCUUCUCCCAAGGUGAUCAAGGACCUACUGUGGUCUUCAUCGCCGGCGAAGGCAGUUUCUUUCGGCUUGCCCCAACCUGAGGCCCAUGUCUGGACGGGUUACCUUGUCCCUGAGGGUCUUAGCCACCGCGGUGCCUAUGUUCCUACGAUCGUUUCCAUUACAAGCACGUCUCUCUGGGCGCCUACGAUUCAGACUCGCUCGGAGGGCAUGUGGAUGCCCACGUCAAAGCCUUCAGCUGCUCUGGCCGUCAAGCCAUCUCCUGAGCCCCUCCCUGUUUCUUCCACACUCGUCAAAUAUCCUCUGUGGUCUGUCACUCCCGCGAAGACAGUUUCUUUUGGCUUGCCACAGCCCGCGGCCCAUGUCUGGACUGCUUACCUUGUCCCAGAGGGCCGUAACCACCGAGGCGCCUAUGUCCCUACGACUGUCUCCAUUACGAGCACGUCUCUUUGGACUCCUGCUGUUGAGACUCAGUCGGAGGGCCUGUGGAUGGCCAGAUCGAAGCCUUCAGCUACUCAGGAGAAGCCUCAGCCGAUUGUCAAGGAGACUGCGGGCUCGCUCUGGGCUGUGCCAGUCACCACCAAGGCUUCCUUCGGCCUGCCUCAGCCCGAAGCUGAUGUCUGGGCCACUUACCUUGUCCCAGAGGGUCGCAACCACCGAGGUGCCUAUGUCGCUACGGUUGUCACUAUCACAAGCACAUCGCUGUGGUCGCCUACGAUUGAAACCCAGUCAGACGGCAUGUGGAUGCCCAAGUCAAAGCCUUCGGCUACUGAGAAGCUGCCAGAGCUUCAGGAGAAGCCUCAGCUGAUUGUUGAGGAAACUGCAGGCCUGCUCUGGACUUUGCCAGUCAUCACCAAAGCUUCUUUCGGCCUUCCUCAGCCCGAUGCCAAGACGUGGGAAUCGUACAUUCCUCGCAUGACCAGCGCUUCUCUGCGCAGGGUCUUGAUCUCAGAGCCUGCUUCCAUCAAAAGCCAGGCACUGUGGUCUCUGUCGCCUAAGAAGGAGGCCACCUCUGGCUUUCUUUGGUGCUCGAGCAAGCCGCAGGUCGCGAAGCCUCAGCCCGUUGUUAAGAAACUUGCAGGCUCGCUCUGGACUCCGCCAGUCGUCACCAAGACUUCUCUCGGCUUACCUCAGCCUGAUUCCAAGUCAUGGGAAUCGUAUAUUCCUCGCAUGACCAGCACUUCUCUGCGCAAGGUCCUGAUCUCAGAGCCUGCUUCCAUCGAAAGCCAGGCACUGUGGGCUUCCUCUCCGAAGAAGGAGGCCACUUCGAGCCUUCUCUGGCGCUCGACCGAGGCUCAAGCUGAGCCCGUCGAGAUCCUUCUGCAACCCGCUCCCACACGCACCGCUCACGUGCGCAGCUCCACGGCUGUCCUGAUCACCAAGGAGCAGUGGAACUCUGCCUUCAAGAGGAUCUCGCAGCAGCAGGCCCAGCCGCAGACUCAAGCGCCCGCCGAGACUCCCCAGAACCGCGCGGCCCGCUCCAAGUCGGUCAAGAGCCGCGCAUUCUUCGAUCCCGCCGUCAUGGCUCUCAUCGCCGAACUUCCCUCCCCGACCUCGUUCACCCCUCCCUCUUCACACCGCACCAGCGUCGGCCGGUCCAAGAGCGUCUCCUAUUUGCCUCCCACCACCCGGAGGCCCUCUCACUCUGCUUCAUCGAGCUAUCCCGAGACGGAUGUGCGCCCUUCUGACUUUAUCUGA